CUUUAUUCGCAUUGUUCUAAAUUGAUUAGAUUACUUUUAUUUGACAACGCAUAUAAAUAAACUUCCAAGUACUUUUAGUUUAAGUUCAAAAUGAGUGUGAAGAUGUUUCGUUCGCUGCUGUUUGUGUCAAUCGCUGUAUCGUCAGUUCUAUGCGGCGAAAGAAUAGUGGGUGGAAUGGUGGCAGAAGAUGGUAAAUACCCUUACCAGGUCUCCAUACGCAUGUGGAACGUUUAUCAUUUUUGUGGCGGUUCGAUUCUGAACGAUCGUUGGAUUCUAACAGCAGCCCACUGCGUUUAUAACCAAAAGUUUGACAACAUGACUGUUGUUGUUGGCACGAAUUCCCUUUCCAAAGGUGGUGUAGAACACGAGAUAGAGAGCAUAGUAGCACAUCCAUUUUACGUACCAUUCUUGAUCACCAAUGAUAUAGCAUUGAUUAAAGUUAAGAAACCGAUUGUCUUCAAUCCAAGGACAAAGCCUAUCCAAUUACCUACGCAAUACAGCGAGAAUGAACCGAAUGUUACCUUAACGGGCUGGGGAAUGACCAAUUAUCCGGAAACCAACGUUAGUUCUAUUCCCGAUCAGCUGCAGGUCUUAGACCUAAAGUCUAUAAGUACGCUGAGAUGUCGGGCUAUGCAUUUCACAGUCCCAGCCCCAAUCUUCGUCAACAAUAUAUGCACUUUAACUAAGGAAGGCGAAGGCGCUUGCCCAGGAGAUUCCGGCGGACCAUUAGUGCACGACGACCAUCAGGUCGGCAUCGUGUCUUGGGGCAUUCCCUGUGCCAAAGGUAAACCGGACGUCUUCACCAGGGUUUACAUUUACCUAAGUUGGGUCAAUGGUUACAUAAAUAAUUGAUAAGCAUUCGUCC